GUAGCGUGACGACGUAAGCGGCGAUGGCGUGGUGUCGUAGGACUGGUUUCGCGUGUUGCGGCCCGGGUUCUGUUCGUAGGUUUAGAAUUGUCGCCGGUAGUGGGGCGCCCCAGCUGCCAACUGCACGUGGUUUCUUUCUGGCCUUUGCCUAGUGUCCUGUCCAUUCCGCCCCGUUGGGAAGUGGGAAGCGGAGAGGUUCUGUGGGGACAGAGCUGGGAGUCCUGAAGGAGAAAGCGCGCAGCCGAGGGGCUCUGGAGUGCCUUAGAGCAGAGCUGCGGCCGCGGAAGGGGAGCCGCUGAGAAAGGAGGGCCGCUGCAGGCGGGGGUCGAACCGCGGGGUCUGGGCUGCUCCCGCGGAGGGCCUGGGCGGACGCGUGAUGCUGGGGGUCCGCUGCCUGCUCCGGUCCGUGCGCUUCUGUUCUUCCGCCCCCUUCCCCAAGCACAAACCUUCAGCCAAACUGAGCGUGCGGGACGCUCUCGGGACUCAGAACGCGAGUGGGGAGCGCAUUAAGGUCCAGGGAUGGAUUCGUUCUGUCCGAUCCCAGAAGGAAGUCUUAUUCCUGCAUGUAAAUGAUGGGUCAUCUUUGGAAAGCCUUCAGGUUGUUGCAGAUUCAGGCCUUGACAGUAGAGAAUUAACUUUUGGGAGUUCUGUGGAAGUACAAGGGCAGCUGAUAAAAAGUCCAUCCAAAAGGCAAAAUGUGGAACUGAAGGCAGAAAAAAUUAAAGUUAUUGGAAAUUGUGAUGCCAAGAAUUUCCCCAUCAAAUAUAAAGAGAGGCAUCCUCUGGAGUACCUGAGACAAUAUCCUCACUUUAGGUGUAGGACUAACGUUCUGGGUUCUAUACUGAGGAUUCGCAGUGAAGCGACAGCUGCUAUUCAUUCUUUCUUUAAGGACAGUGGCUUUGUACAUAUUCAUACUCCAAUAAUCACAUCCAAUGACUCUGAGGGAGCUGGAGAACUUUUUCAACUUGAACCUUCAGGCAAACUAAAGCUAUCUGAGGAGAAUUUCUUCAAUGUUCCUGCUUUCUUAACUGUGUCAGGACAACUUCAUCUAGAAGUGAUGUCGGGAGCUUUUACUCAAGUGUUUGCCUUUGGUCCGACCUUCCGAGCUGAAAAUUCUCAGAGCCGGAGGCACCUGGCAGAGUUUUAUAUGAUAGAAGCUGAGAUUUCUUUUGUUGACAGCCUUCAAGAUCUCAUGCAGGUCAUAGAGAAACUAUUCAAGGCUACAACAAUGAUGGUUCUCUCAAAAUGUCCUGAAGAUGUUGAACUCUGUCACAAAUUCAUAGCUCCUGGCCAAAAGGACAGAUUAGAACAUAUGCUAAAAAACAACUUUUUAAUCAUUUCUUAUACUGAAGCAGUGGAGAUCUUAAAACAAGCAUCUCAGAACUUCACCUUUACCCCAGAGUGGGGUGCUGACCUACAGACUGAACAUGAAAAGUACCUGGUGAAGCACUGUGGCAACAUACCUGUCUUCGUUAUUAAUUAUCCAUUAGCACUCAAGCCUUUCUACAUGAGGGAUAAUGAAGAUGGCCCUCAGCACACAGUUGCUGCUGUUGAUCUUCUGGUUCCUGGAGUUGGGGAACUCUUUGGAGGAGGCCUCAGAGAAGAACGAUACCAUUUCUUAGAAGAGCGCUUAGCCAGAUCAGGACUUACAGAAGUCUACCAAUGGUAUCUGGACCUUCGUCGAUUUGGAUCUGUGCCACAUGGAGGUUUUGGGAUGGGGUUUGAACGCUACCUGCAGUGCAUCUUGGGUGUUGACAAUAUCAAAGAUGUUAUCCCUUUCCCAAGGUUUCCUCGUUCAUGCGUUUUAUAGCUGGAAGAUUGAUUAAGGAAAAACACCCCCCAUGGCAGAGACACUGCACAUGAUUGUGCAUACAGCAGAAUGCAUGUUUGGAUAUUAGAAAUGCAGAUUUCAAUAUGUAAUUGUUGUGCCAUAAGAUAUCAUAGAAAAAAUAUAAGUGGUUGUGAUUUUCUUAGAAAGUUGAGGGUAUUUCAUGUAAGGAUGAGCUCCCCCAAGAAGAGGUACUUAUAGCAAGGGGACUCUCAAAUCCAUUACCUCAAUUAAGACAUGAAGAAAUUGAAUUAGAUAGUCUCAAAGUUUCUUUUAAACUCUAAAACAGAAUGAGAUAAUGUAUUUUACAUUGUCUAUAAUCAUUAAAUCACUCCGUGUAAUUUUUGAGAACCAUCUAGUAGCUCAAAAUAAAAUAAUGUUGGAUCUUUUCUCCCUUGCAUAUACUUUGUGAUAAAUCCUUAUCUCAUUUUCAGUACUUCAUUAAACAUUGCAGAAAAAAAUAUUCCUUAAGGUCUUAAUUGAUUUAACGAAGUAGCUAUUCUGAAUUGAAAUCUCCUUUCAUUGAACUGGAUGAAAAAAUCAUGUUUAAUAACUGUUGCUUUUCAAUUUUCAAAGCUGUUGAGAUAUUACAUUAAGUAUUUCAACUCUUUAAUCACUGUUGUGUUACAAUUUGUUUAUAUUUGACGUUUAUAAUUUGUCCAAUAAAAUAGAUUUUUUU